UCUUAAGGACGAAACUUGACAUAUUUUUCAGGACUUGAGGUUGUAUUUCACCAUAAUUUACCAAUAUUUCUCUAAAUAUACCUGGAGGCUUUGGUGAUACACUGCUCCCGGAUAAGUUAUCCCUUUGAGCGAAAGUUCUCUAUAUUUGAUCUCCAACUAUUCGACCCAUUUGAACCAUUUUACGAAAACUGAAUAUUGAGGAGAGACUUGACUUGUUAAGAAACACUCAGAAGUUCAACAACGGCGCUACAGUUCGUCAGUUCCAUCAGAUUGGUAGAGACCGCGAAGCUUUAAUGUCUAAUUCUACUGAUUUUCGACUACAAACCUCGGUAUUAUGUCACUCUUUCCUACUAGCUAGUACAGAUAAACAAGAUGCCAGUUACCUGAUUGACUUAGCCGACAACACGAAUACUGAUCUAAAUUUUGUUCCUAAUGGACAAGAAAUUAUCAAAUCAUUACUUCAGUUGGUCAGAGAUUUCAAUCAACGUUUCAGCCGAACACAUGAAAUAGAACCAGUUGCUGAAAGUUUGGGUAUCGAUUCCGACAAACCAGUUGAUAAAACAGCCUUGGAAAUAUUCUAUCUUGAAAUAUUAGAUGGCUUAUUCGAAAAAUUGAACUGGGGGCGUAUUGUAGCAAUGUUUGCAUUUCUACGUAUACUGGUUUUAAGAUUAUCCAAACAUGGACAUAGUGAUGCAAUAAAGAUGCUUAUCAAAAUAACAAGUCAGUAUUCUGAUGAAAAGCUGAAGAGUUGGAUUGAUCUUCAUGAUGGUUGGUCUGGAUUAAUCGAAUUCAGUGGUCACCAAUUUGUAAAUGAUGGACAGGAACUAAUCUGGAAAACAUUACGCAAUGUUGGUGGGCUUGCCACUGGAGCUGUUGGAGCACUUGGUUUAGCUGCUCUUGUCAGUUAUAUCGCAAAUAAGAUUUAAUUCUAUGCCAUUAUGUUUAUAAAAUAUUGAUCGGGCUUUCGUUUAUCAGUAAUAUGACUAGGACCAUCACUACCACUGUUAAUUUCUUCUUUCUAAUUACUCGUCCUCUUACCACUAAUGAGGGCAAUGAAUACCUUUUCUGUGCUUAUAUCUUCAACAUAUGUUGUGUGAUUGAAAAUUUUUGAAACUUUUUUUUCACUGAGUUCAAUAAUAAUAAUAAUAAUAAUAAUAAUAAUAAUGACAAUCAUUAUUAUUCUCUGUGCCUGACAUUUCAUCGUUUUAUGUUAAAUUUGUUUUUCGCACGUUUAAUCGUUACUAUUUUGGAACAAUCAAAAUCACAGGUUAAUUAAUUAACAUUUCACAUAAAACACUGUAGAUAGUUGAAAAUAAUAAUAAUAAUAAUAACAACUCAUUAUUGUACCAUCUUUAUCCAAAAACUGUUAUUGUUUUUUCUCAUUUUUCUUGUGUUUAUAAGGAAUCAAAUUUAUUUCCCUGUAUUUAAUAUCCUCAUUCCCUUGUUUCAUUAUUCACAUAUGUUGUUUUCAUCUUAAAUAACAUAAUUAUCUAGUCUUUAUAUUAUUUAUCAUCUAACAUUAUUGACAACAUUGUUGGUUAAUUUUUAGCGCCUUGCCUUUACUACUUAUUUGAUGUGUUGUGUGUAUUUAAAACGGUGUAAUUUCCAUAUAAUAGUGAAGUUUUAUCGAAUAAUAUAUAUGCAACACCUGUGCAUAUAUAUAUAUAUAUAUAUAUAUAUAUAUAUAUAUAUAUAAUGAUGGUUUUUACUACUGUUUUCUUUUCUGUGCAUACAUGCAUUUAUCUAUUGAAGUUCAGUUGAUUUUGAGUUAAAUUUAUUUGUUUGUAAGUAUGUUUGCUUCUAAAAAUUGGCGAAUGUAUUUUGUACACAUUGGAUAUAUAUGAUGUGUCAUGUAUUGCACUUACAAUGGUUUCUAAAUUAUAUAACAUCCAACUCUACCUACUUUUAUAGAUUUUUAGCCUAUAUAAUUCUUGUUAAGAGAUGGUUGGUACACCGUCAUGUUUGUACAACAUUAAACAUCGAUUACUGAAUUCUAUUCGAAUAAAUAGAUAUGAUAUGUCAUCCAUAACUUAAUAACUUGAGAUAAAGUUUUACACUACUAUAUACUGUGAUGACUGGCCAGAUUCAUCCGGAAAACCUGACAUGAUACCUAAUUACAAAGCAGGGAACUUGAUUAUUUGGCUGACUUGACAUAUUUAUUACAAGUUACAUAUGCUUUAAGUUUUAUCUACUUAUGCAAGGAAAUCUAGAACCUAACAAAUAGAUGAUGAUGGAAUUACUUUGAAGUUAAUCUAUUCUGCCCAUCUAAAUACACGUUAAGUUCGAUCAUGGGAUUGUUUCAAUUUUACAGUGGUUCGUUUCAAAUAUUGACUCAUAUUGUCUAUUAUUUCUCCAAAAGGGGAUGUUAAUAAAUUUUGAAAAUAUGGCAUACAAAACCAUAAGUUUUUCUCCCUUUUUGUGAACUCAAAAUUAGAUUUUAAAGUGUAGUCAUCUGUUCAUUGAGAAAUUGUUUUGGUUUAUAUGCCAAACCAACCUUCAGUUUCUUCAGACAGGUUCACAAAACUAUUGUUAGUCCAGUUUUUCUUUUCAUAUAGAAUAAGAAUAAAUGUCCUACAUUGUGAUUAGUUAGGAUACAUCAACACUCCACAUGCUUCUGAUAUCACCCGAUUUCAUGUUACUCACUAUUAGCUCCCAACAUUGAUACUUAUUGAUUUUCUAUAGCACUAAUGUAAGUUAGGACAAUGAACAUUUUGUUCUGCACUUUAUUUUUAAAACUUGCUGACUUCUAUACUGAAUAGUAGGUUAGUUCACGGAAAAAGCAGUUGAUCAUAAUAGAUUAUUGAUCUCAAGUGGUUACCAGCUUGUGCUCUUCCAAUUGUUUACAUAUAAAUGAAAAAUAUGAGCCCUGCGGGUAGAUGUCACUUUGAUCUCAGUUCGUCAAUCACGUUCUUUCUAAAAACUAAAUUGUUCAUUCAUAUAGUUUUAUAGAGUUACAAUGUAUGCUUAUUUGCAUUUCGCUCUUUGAAUUCACACACUUCAAAAAUCAACAGUUCCCUAUCCUUGAUUCAUAAUUAAAUAACUAAAAUCCAAAAAUCUGUUAACUUCUACACUUAGUCUCAGUCAUUUUCAAAUGUAAUUCGAUCAAGACAAUAGGAUGUGACAAGAUCGCUUACGUGUUGACUUUGAAUGUAUGUUGAAUUAUUAAUCAUAUUGUCUUUUCAAUUAGUAUGACCUCAGACGAGUAAUAAGUCCUACUGAUCAGUAACUUGAACCUGUCAUUUUAAAGAACAAUUAGUUUAUUCAUAUACAUAAUCGUUAGUUAUAUUAAUAACAAACAGAUUUAGGUGUCACACAACCCCUCUUACUUCGGCUUCACUGAGUACUUAUAUUUACUAGUUCAUAUUUUAUGUGACAGUUGCGGAAGUAUUUUAAACCCUCUUAAAUAGACGUUUCAUUAAAUCCUGUUUGUAUUGGAUUGGGCAGAAACAAUGGGAAUCAAGAUGUUUUAUUUAUGUAGAGUUUCUAUACAUCUAAUAUAAGAUACAAACAUAUUCAAGAAAGAAAUUUAGUCUCACCUCAAUUAAAGCUAAUGUAAUCGGUCUCUUGAGUAUGUGAUAAUGGAAUCCAGAAGAGUCGUUUAAUAUCAGUGUAAACUCUCUUGAUUAACCAUUUUGUCAACUGACUUGAACUUGUACGGUGUUAAUCUUAUAUACAUAUAGAUAAAAAUCUGUUUAGGUACCAAUACCAAGGUUGGAAUUAAU